CACGCCUCGAUAAAUGCGCACAUAGAACAUGAAAACCGAGAUCAUGUCAUCCACAAAUCUUGACUUCCUCAGGCUUCCUCAGUCUUCCUCAGUAUCCUCCAUAGCUGUGGUAUUAACCUGAUAUAUCGACGUUAUCUGCCUCUAUUACGCGCCAACCUGGCCCCACCCGUUCAUUGCGCGUUACAUCAUGAUCGAGCAUCGUCCCUCCUGCAUCGAGGCACCCACAAUGUCGUCCACCAUCAAAACAGUGCCCUUUCAGCCGCCCAAGAAGAUCCAACGACCAGAGGCAGAUGCGCCAUGGCACCAGUACCUGACCAUCGACCUGAUAUGGUACGUGCUGGGCUACACAAUCUUCCACCCGUUCGUGUCCUGGAUUUUCGUCCUGUGUCUGCGCGCGCAGUACACGAAGUAUGAGGCGCCUGAGAUGCGCAUUGCGAUUGGCUGGUCCGUUCUGAUGAGCGCGACUGGUAUUUUCGGCAUUGUCAGCGACAGAGUAGCCUUUGGCCCACACCGAGAGGUUGAUUUGAGCGAGGAGGUCAUUGUCAUCACAGGUGGUGUCGAUGGACUUGGUGGGCUGUUGGCGGAGACAUAUGGAAUGAGGAACGCCAAUAUCGCUGUACUAGAUUUGAAGACGGUGGACAAGGGGGAAGCCGAGGCAAGGGGGGUGGCCUACUACCAGUGCGAUGUUGGAGAUGCGCAGCAGGUGGAAGCUACGGCAGCGAAGAUCGUCAAGGAUCUUGGCCCUCCGACAAUUCUCAUCAACAACGCCGGCAUCGUCCACACAAAGUCGAUCCUCGAGUCUACUGCCGCCGAAGUCGAGCAGACCUUCCGCGUGAACACCAUCUCCCACUUCACAACCCUCCGUGCCUUCCUCCCACACAUGAUUGCAGAAAGCCGCGGCACCAUUGUCACGGUAUCCUCCGUACUUGGUCAUCUCGGUGCAGCGAACCUCUCCGCGUAUUGCGCUUCGAAGGCAGCUCUUCUGGCUCUGCAUCACUCGCUUCGCGCAGAACUCGCGAACAUGCCUGGAGCAGAAGAAAUCAAGACAAUACUGGUACAGCCUGGGCAAAUGAGCACGAAGAUGUUCGAGCACGUACACGCGCCGAGCAAGUUCUUUGGGCCGCUUGUCACGCCUGCAGAAAUAGCACAGAGGAUCAUUAGAUUGGUAGAUAAGGGUGAGAGUGGUGAGGUCGCGCUUCCACUUUACUCCAGAUAUAUCCAAGUCCUCGGGUGUCUGCCUCAUGGGAUUCAGCACAUUGCGAGAAGGUGGAGCGGUUUGGACACAGCCGUCCAAGAUGGCCAAUCAAAGUUGAAGGAGAAGGCUGAGAAGAAAUGAAGUCACGUAGAUAGGCAAUUUCUAGCCUUCGCAACUAGGAAUUAUCAGAAGCAUAAUCGACACUCGACCAGACGAUAGCAUCGUUCUCAUGCCCCGCAUUGGAACCAGCGACGUUGUAUCCUCAAUCCAUCUUGACUCAUUGAG